AAUUAUAGUUGCCUUUGUUUAUUCGAUGUACAUCGGGGCACACAGCAGUGACACUUCGAUGUGGCCUCAGCCAUUGUUGACAAGUAAACUGGAAGAAGCACUACACCAAUGCAGUAGUUUCAAUCCGUUUCCAGGUCACGCGUUGAAAAACCUCCAUUACCCAUAGUGUAAUCUAAUAAUACAAUACACUUCCAUCUCUACUAUGACUGAACUGCAGUUGCACAUAUACGACAGAAGGUGUCAAUGUUGCACUAUUUAUUUGGAUUUAAUCCAGACCUAUUUAACCAUAUUACACAAGCACAAUUACGUAUAAAAGUUUAACAGCAAAACUCAAUUAAAAAACACGGUGGAGCAACGGAGGACUGCAUCUGACUGCUACUUUGGCUGAAUCCCAUGUUCCCCACUCUGCCAACAGGCACUGAAUGCGGCAUGUGCAGCAGCGGUUCUUCCGGUGUCGUUUCCAGUCCGUUAGUGGUUAGCUUACCGGCUAAAAAUGUCACGUAAAACCGGUGGUUAACGGGGUUUUCGGCCGAUUUAACCGGGUUUAAGGUCUGUCAGUGACACCGACAGACGGCGUUCAUCCUGUCCUGUGACACUGAACCGGAACUUUUUCUCAGUGACUUCUACUUUGUUCUGUGUGUCAGUUUAGAAACAAGACUGAAAGCUCUUUAGAGACAAAACAAACUCCAGCAAACAUGGAUAAAACACAUGCCUGUGACCACUGUGGCAAGGCGUUCACCAAAGCUGACCACCUCCGAACACACAAACGAAUCCACACCGGAGAAAAACCGUACUGCUGUCACAUCUGUGGGAGGGCUUUCAAUGAUACAGGCAACCUCCGAAGACACCAGCGUAUCCACACUGGAGUGAAACCACACAACUGUGUCCAGUGUGGGAAGACAUUUGGUGACGCAGGGGACCUUCGUAAACACGAGCGUGUCCACACUGGGGAGAAACCCUACGCCUGUGACCACUGUAGGAAAGCUUUCAAUGAUGCAGGCCACCUCAGGACACACCAACGAACUCACACUGGGGAAAAACCAUACAUGUGUGGGGAGUGUGGGAAGGCUUUCACCACAGUCACAAACUUCAGAACGCACAGUCGAAUUCAUACUGGAGAAAAACCAUUUAACUGCCAGCAGUGUGGGAAGGUAUUCAAUGAUGGCAGUGCAUUUAUAAAACACCAACGCAUCCAUACUGGGGAGAAACCAUAUGUUUGUAAGCAGUGUGGGAAGACUUUCACUAAUGCAGGUCACCUCACAAGACACCAGCACUGCCACGCUGUGGGGAAACCAUUUGGCUGUGACCAGUGUGGGAAAGGUUUCAGUUCCUCCUUUAGCUUACGGCAGCAUUACCUCAGUCACACCAAGGAAAUGGUGAUUCCAUGUGAGGUGUGCGGGAAGAUAUUUUGGUCUCCCUCCACUUGGCACAAUCAUCAGCGUACCCACACUGGGGAGAAACCUUACGAAUGUGGACUCUGUGAGAGAUACUUUGACACAACAUCUGAGCGUGCUGAACAUGAAUGUGCCUACAACAGACUCGAACAGAAAAGCAGUAUAAUUGCAGAACCCAGCAAAGACCUGGACCUGACCGUGGACAACCCAGCGCCAGAUUCCGGUGAGGUCCAGGCUGACUAUGUGGUGGUGACGGUGUGAAAACAGAACCAACGCCUCAACGUUUCUUUGCACAGGAAGUGGAAUUCAGUGGAUCGAAGACAGAUUGACAACCCUCCAAAAAUGUACACGCACAAAAAACUGCCAUAAAACCAUCAUAUAUCAAAAUGUUUUUCUUUUUUUUUUUUACUGCAUACAUUUUUUAAUCUACUUCAGCUCUGCUGAAAACUGCCAAAAGUUCAAUACAUUUCAGGAUUUUAACCCUUCAAAUGCCAGUUUGAAUACAUGACACCACUUGUUUGAUUAAAGAAACAUCAUAAAAUAUGAGAUACUUCAAUCAAUCAAUCAAUCAAUCAAAUGUUAUUUAUAUAGCACCAAAUCAUUACAAAAGUUAUCUCAUGACACUUUACAUAUAGAUUUCCUAUAUCCACUUUCCAUAUAAUGCAUGUUGGAGGGAUGUGGUAAUGUUUUAUAUCAGCCUUAGACAUGUCAAAGAUUAACAAUAACAGUGAUUUCAUUACAUUAGUAAUUUUUAUGUGAGAUUUAAAAAAUGUGGUUUCAGAGUAUGUCAAUGACGGUCCUGCGCUGAAC